AUGCCUUCUCUCAACGCUCUUCUCGCUGCCUCUUUGGCCUUUGCUUCCAUUGCCCUCGGCGCCCCCGCCGUCCAAGACAAGCACUUUUCCGUUGAACAAGUCAAGAACCCCAAGUUCAUCAAGAGCGGUCCCCUGGCCCUUGCCCACGUCUACUCCAAGUACGGCGUUCCCCUUCCCAAGGGUCUCGAGAAGGCUGUCAAGGCCGUCAAGUCUUCAUCUCACUCCAAGCGUCAGAACGGCAGUGGUUCAGUCAUCACCACACCCGCUGAUGAGGAUAUCGAGUGGUUGACUCCUGUGCAGAUCGGUACACCUGCUCAGACUCUCAACCUGGACUUUGACACUGGUUCUUCCGACCUUUGGGUCUUUAGCACUGAGACUUCUGGUAGCAGUGGACACGACGAGUACAACCCUGCCAAGAGCAGCACUUCCAAGAAGCUAGCUGGUGCUACUUGGUCUAUCAGCUACGGAGAUGGAAGCACCUCAUCUGGAGACGUGUACAAGGAUAAGGUCUCCGUCGGCGGCCUCGCUGUCGCCUCACAAGCUGUCGAGUCUGCUCAGCGCGUCUCCGAUGAAUUUGAACAGGAGACUGGCCUUGAUGGUCUUCUCGGUUUAGGUUUCAGCUCCAUCAACACUGUCAAGCCCACGAAGCAGAAGACCUUCUUCGACAAUGCUAUCUCCACUCUCCAGUCACCUGUCUUCAGUGCCGACCUGAAGCAUCAACAACCAGGAACCUAUAACUUUGGCUACAUUGACAGUUCCGCUUACACCGGCAAGAUUGGCUACGCUCCCAUUGAUUCCUCUGGUGGUUGGUGGGAGUUCACUUCCUCCGGAUACGCCGUCGGCUCCGCUGCUCUCAACAAGAGCCCCAUCACUGGUAUUGCUGACACCGGUACUACCCUCCUUCUCCUCCCUGACGCUGUCAACUCGGCCUAUUAUGCCAAGGUCAGCGGUGCUCGCUACAGCUCAUCUUAUGGAGGCUACGUCUUUAGCUGCUCCGCUACUCUGCCCAACUUCAGCUUCGCUGUUGGUGGUGUCACCAUCACUAUUCCUGGUUCUUAUAUCAACUACGCUCCUGUCCAGCAGGGAUCUUCCACCUGCCUCGGUGGUAUCCAGCCCAGUGACGACAUUGGUAUCAACAUCUUUGGUGAUAUUGCCCUCAAGGCUGCUUUUGUUGUCUUUGACGGUGGUAACCAGCAGGUUGGCUGGGCCAAGAAGACUCUCUAA